AUGAAUAUUAUACAGGCAGCUAUGUAUCAUCUUCCACUGAAAAGAACUUUCUUAGUGUUGGCUGUUUUUUCUUUUUUGAACUUCAUAAGCAGUCAGAAUUUAGGGCCAGUUGCAUCUCCCUUCUUCUUCUUGUGCCAGUAUCAUCGUGAUCUUGACCAGCCUGGGGGAAUCCAAGGAGAAAUAGCUUUAUCUGUUAAUAUUAAAGGAUCACCUGAAUAUUAUGAACCUGGAAAAGUUUAUGAAGUCACUGUUUCCUCAAGCUUGGACUUUGAUGGAUUCCUAAUGACUGGACUCUACACUACUCCAUCAGGAUUAAUAGGCAAGAGCAUGAAUCUUUUUCAGAACAGUUUACCGUCACAAGGAGGUGGUAAAGGCCUGGUAUGCACCAUUGUCCAUUCUCAUUUAUCUCACAGGCCUGCAAAGUCCUUAGUGUUUCUAUGGAUGGCUCCUCCUGUUGGUACUGGUUGUGUUAAUUUUUUAGCUACUGCUACUCUAGGGCAUGAAGUACUUUUCAAAGAUACUCUCGCUUUACAACUAUGCGAAGCUGGAGAUGCACCUAAGUCAACAGAUAUUCCUACAAUGAGUGGAAUUCACGAUCCUGGGUUAGUACUGAGAGAAGAUUUCGAAAAUGGUGAUACUGCAGAUCCCAACAUUUGGUCAGAAGUUAUUAAUGGUGUUGUAGAUGAUCAAUGUGGAUCUGUUUUGCAUGGAAAAGCAGCAACAUUUUGUGGAGGGACUGGACCAAGGUCUCUGACUACAGUGAGACUAAAUACAACAACAGCUUCUACUUUGCAGUUUGCUUUAGGAUCUGGAAACUGUAGUACAUCUAUUGAUGAACCUCCUAUUUUGGUUUAUUAUGGUACUGAUAAAUGUACACAGUGGCAAGAAUUGGAACAAAUAAGAUUGCAACCAGCAGUGGAAACUACUGUCCACAUCUUAUGCUUGCCUCCUUCUGCCAAAACAACUGAGGUCUGCAUUCAGUGGUAUCAAGAAUCUCCCCCAAAAGGAUCCAAAUAUAAAGGCUGCUGGGCGAUUGACAAUAUAGUUAUUAGUAGCAUUGCAGAUCGUCCUAAAAUUGUUGAAGAUAAUUUUGAUCCCAUUGACCCUGGAAAUUUUUUGUUUUUCCCAGGAGGAACUGUUACGAGAAAGUGCCAUUCUGAUGGUAAUGCUUUAGCAUUUUCUGGGCAUAAUCACCAUAAAAGAUUCGUUGUAACCAGAGAUCUUGACAUGUCUACUGUUAUUGCAAAUGAAGACAUUAUUUUUAAUGAGAUGUUUGACAAAUCUGUUACUUCGUGGGUAGUAAAAGGUGGUGAAAUGAGUAACAAGUGUGAAAUACUGAACUAUAAGAAAGCUCUGGUCAUGUCGGGAAAAGGUACUCGAAUAUUUUGUUCACCAUUCAUCAACACAAAAGAUGCAGGAAACUUGAGAUUUCAUUUUAUGUUUGGUGGAACUGACUGCUCUAGUUCUCAAGUUAAUACUACUAUGGGGCACAAUUCUCCUGUUUUGGUGUAUGCAGAAACUUCUACAAAUGGACAAGUAAUGAUAGCUGAUGUGAUUCAUGCUACUGUAAUGGAACCUACCUUGGUAUCACUCCCUAUUCCAGCAGAGGCUCAAACUCAUCGAACACGGUUUUGUUGGAGCCAAGCUACAAGUGGAGGCGAGAAUAAAGAUAUUUGGGUUGUCGACAACGUUUUAGUUUUACCAUGGCUUCAAUCAGAAAUCACUCAUCUUUUGAAUUUCAAAAUAAAUUUUCAAUGUGGUACUAAUCUUACAGCAAAUGAGAUUGGAGUUGAAUUUAGUACAACAUCAGGCCACAACUGGCAUUCAUUGCAUGAAAUGUGUCUUCUUCCUCUUUGUAAUGGUAGUCACUCUUCUCUCAGUUCACGUCUCUCUUCACAUGACAUGAAAGGGUGGAAUAAAGUUUCAUAUCCUUUACCCUAUCCAGCUUUAGUUGAUGGAGUUCGAUUUCGUAUUAGGCAACGAGGGAAAUAUUCUGCCUCUAACUGGGCAAUAGAUGAUGUUUAUAUUGGAAUGUGUCCAAAUGGAUGCAGUGGUCAUGGAAAAUGCUCUAAGUCUGGUUGCGAAUGUGAUAUGGGCUACUCUGGCCAAAAGUGUGAAAUUGCUGCCAUAAGCAUAUCAUCCUACUUGUCUGAAAUGUUUCAAUCACCAAAAAUCAAUGAGUCACCCAACAUCCUAAAGGUUCUUGGAGCUGAAUUAGGAUAUCAGUGUGGAUCACUUGGAAGUGGAAAAGCUGUUGUUUUCCAUUUACGUGGACCAAGACAGUUGGUCACUAAAGAGGUCAAUACAACUAAUGUCAGAUUUCUUCAGUUCACUUUAAGAAUUGGUAGUUCAUCCAAAAAAAGUCCUUGUCUUUCUCCUAAUCAUCCAUCAGAGCUGGUGUAUGUUCAUUUUUCUUGCAAUGGUGGUCUUACAUGGAACCUUUUGGAAGUGUUUGAAAGUUCCAAGUACAAAGAACCUAAGAUUGUAUCACUGCCUUUAACUAAGGAGUCCAAAAGAGAAUGGUGUAUGUUCAAAUUUUGGCAGCCAUACCACUCUGGGAAAUCAGAGGAUGUUUGGGCAGUUGAUGACAUAAGUCUCUCUUCUUCCUUGCUGAAUGUUAUUAGCCUUGAUUUUGGUGACAUUAAUGCUAUGAACACAUCUAUACGUUACAGCUCUGGUGUGGUAAAGAAGUAUUGCAAGUCUGAGGGACCUGCAGUUAUAUUUGAUGAAGAGGUUUAUAAUGGACAGACACGGUCUUUAGAAACAAAAUCCAUUACUGUUGGGCCAUCUUAUAUGGUUCAAUUUGAUUUACUUAUGGGCUGUGGAUCCCCUUUUGCAUCAGACAAGAACAAUCAAGUACGAUUAGAAUUUUCUACCAAUCAUGGUAUGAAUUGGUUGCCUGUGUACAAACCAUGCCUACCUUCUAAUGGUACUUGCAAUGGUGUUUUUACAAAGGGUACAGUAUAUGAUGCCACAGAAUUCAUCAAAUGGAAAAGAAUUACUGUCAGUCUACUGCCUGCUACUUGGUCUAGCUCUACCCGUUUCCGCUUCAUUCAGCAUGAAUAUGAUACUAGUGAUAAUUGGGCAUUGGACAAUUUGUAUAUAGGUCCACAGUGCAAAGACAUGUGCAGUGGCCAUGGACGUUGUACAGAUGGAUCUUGUGUCUGUGAUCCUGGCUUCUAUGGCAAAAGCUGUGUGCCUCAAGAUAAACUGAAAAAUACAGUGAUGAAGAGAUUCGAGUCUCCAGAAGAAUUAGCAAAAGAGAAUUUUGAUGUCAGUGGUGGGACAGUUGCUUCACCUAGUGAAGGAUGUGGACUUAUUGCUUCAGGAAAUGCCAUCUAUUUUCAUCAGGAUGGUAUUCGACAGUUGGUUACUAUGGAUAUUGAUACAAAGGAUACAGAUUUUAUUCAGUUCUUCAUUCGUAUUGGAGGUGGUGAUCCUUCUACAUGUAAUAAUGCUUCACAGAAGAAUGAAGGUGUAUUAGUUCAAUUUUCCAAUGAUGCUGGAAUAUCAUGGAGUUUAUUAAAAGAAUUGGAUCCUGAAAAUUAUAGAUCCUCAAGAUUGGAGCAUGUGUCAAUGCCUUUUAAAGCACGAACCUUCAGUACACGCCUACGUUGGUGGCAACCUCAACAUUCAGGGGAAGGAAAAGAUCAAUGGGCUUUAGAUGAUCUUUACUUGAAUGCAGAUUCAAGACCUGACAAUAUGGAACAUAUGCAGCAGGUUUCUGCUCCAGAGGAACAAAAGCUAUUGUCUGCAACUACCAAAUUUUCAAUGCAACGAUAUUGCAAUUCAACUGAGAAAGUACUUCUUUUGAAUGGGCCGGAAAAAUUCAAAUUUCUUAUCACACGUCCUUUAUUUCUCAGAGAGGGCCAAGUUAUCAUGUUCAAGAUAAAUGUCGGCUGCUCUGUUAAGUUUGAUAGGGAGAGUGGAGUGUAUUUAGAAUACUCACACGACUCUGGUGUGACUUGGAAGCUCGUUGAAGAACCUUGCUAUUCUGAUUCAGAGUGUGAUGGUUCUGCUCACGAAGGAACCAUUUAUCAUUCUGGUCUUUAUGGGACUUGGAGAAGGGUGCUUAUUCCAGUCACUCAUCAUCUUGCUCAGAAACAAACAUUGCUUCGAUGGUUUCAAGGCACAGCAUAUUCUAUAGCUUAUGCUGAACUCACCCCAUUUGCAAUUAGCGAAUUUUAUGUUGGCUACUCUUGUCCUCUGCACUGUUCCGGUCAUGGUGUUUGCACUGCCAAAGGUUGUGAAUGUGAUCCUGGUUUUCAAGGACCAACUUGCACUCCGGUUAAGCAAAAUCCUGCUGGCAUGAUAGAUCGAUUUGAUGACCAAGUAACUGUUUCAGAGAUGUGGGAAGUGUUUGGUGGACACUUAGGAGCUGGUUGCGGAAAUUUAUCUCUUGGGAAUUCAUUGUAUUUUGGUGAUGCUGGAUAUCGGAUUGCACAGACCAUGGAUUUAGAUACAAGCAAUCUCAAAACUUUGCAAUUUAUUGUGCAACUUGGAAGUAUGCACAACUCUGCUACUUGUCGGAGGCCACAAAACAGAAACGAGAACAUUUUUGUACAAUUUUCUACAACAAAUGGCUUGAUUUGGAGCACCUUAAGAGAAUUAGAUUAUGAAGUGUUCAGUCUAAAACCAACUGCUGUUGAACUAUCGUUACCAAAGGAGGCCAAAUCUAGUACCACUCGAUUUAGAUGGUGGCAACCAACUGGGAAGAAAGGUAAAGAAAAUGCUCAAUGGGCUGUGGAUAAUGUUCAAGUUUUAGGCAAUCAUAAGAAUGCUAAAGGAUUCCAGGACAACUUCAAUCCUAUUGUCAUUGAAAACUGGUUUCUUACUCAACAUGGAGUUCCUAGAGCUGGAUGUGCAGCAGCUGGAAGAGCUCUAACUUUUGCUGCUGAUCAUACUGAAGAACACUAUGCUGAAACUUGGGACUUUGAAAUUCAUUCUGCUACCUUCCUCCAAUAUGACAUCAAUUUAGGGUGUGGUUAUCACAGCAAUCCUUUCUCCAUUCAAGUGGAAUUUUCAAUUGACAAAGGACGCACUUGGUCUCUCGUAUCUCCACCGUGUAUGCCACCAGAUGUAGGAUGCACAAGCUACUCUUCAGGAACUGUACAUUCCUCAGAUCAAUUUGCUAACUGGACAAGAUCUACAAUUAUUCUACCACAACGUGCAAUAUCUCCAUCAACUCGUUUCCGUUGGAUUGAAGUGAUUAAAUAUUCUGGACAUGCCUGGGCAUUGGAUAAUGUUUAUUUGGGUGAUGGUUGCCCUUGGAUGUGCUCUGGUCAUGGAUACUGUAAUGGAAAUAAGUGCAUCUGUGAUCCAGGCUUCAAAGAUCCACAUUGUGUACCCAAAGAUCCUUUGCCUUGUGAGUUGAGAGAUACAUUUGAUUCUACAACAUCUAAUCAUACUCUUUGGCCAGAAGUAUAUGGAGGGGAAAUCGGUUCUCGAUGUGGUGUUCUUGUCAGUGGAACUGCUUUGGUAUUUUACAAGGAUGGAUUACGAAUGGCUGUCACACAAGACCUUGAUCUUUCAGCUGCACAAUAUGUACAAUUUACUCUGAAAUAUGGCUGUCACAGCUCUGUGCCUGCUACAGUAACAAGAGGAAAUGGAAUAUUAAUUCAGUAUUCAAACAAUGGAGGAAUUACUUGGAAUUUGUUAAAGGAACUGCAUUUCUCUACCGAAACAACUCCUCAAUAUUACAUGAUACCUCUUAAAGAUCCAGCUGCUCUGACCAAUGCAACUCGUUUGAGACUUUGGCAACCUGUUAAUGUUGGUACUGGCAUCAUGCAAUGGGCUAUCGAUGAUUUCUAUGUAGGAGGCAUGAUUGUAAAGCCUAAUGUUCUAUAUGAUCCUUUAGAUUCAAAUCCUCAGCCAGAUGCUUGGCUGUUUUGGCCUGGAGGAAUGAUGGAUGAUUUUUGCACAAGUGAUGAAUCAAGAGAUGCUAUGGUUUUUGAUUCUACUGAGGGAGAAAGAGCUUUGUACACCAGAGACAUGACAGUUAUGAAUGAUUAUGUCAUCCAGUUUGAACUGAAAGUUGGUUGUGGCAUCACAAUAUCUGCAGAAGACCCAGUGGCUUUAGAAUAUUCUUCAGAUCAGGGUCGAACUUGGGAGUUGGUUAAAGCUUCAUGGCUACGUUCGGGAACUGGAUCAGAUGCUGUACUUCAAGCAGAAACUCCCUCCAUUUAUUACAGCAAUAGCCAUCAUGAAUGGCAAAGAAUAGUAGUGCCAUUAUUUGGUUUGAAAAUAUGUGGAAAUGUUCGAUUUCGAUGGUCUCAAGGUUAUCAUUCCUUGCGAGAGUCUCCAUCUGACUGGGCUAUUGACAAUAUCUACAUUGGUCCCUCAUGUGGUCUUCAUUGUAUGGGCCAUGGCUUCUGUGUCAAUGGAGUUAUGUGUUUAUGUGAUCCUGGGUAUGAAGGAGAUUUUUGCCAUAGUGUACAUUCAAACCCAAGCUUAUUGAAAGAUGGUUUUGAAGAAAAUAAAAUAGAUUCAAAGAAUUGGGAACUAUGGAGUGGAACGGAAAUUUCCUUGAGCUGUGGCAUUCUGAUUAGCAGCACAAGUCUUGUGUUCACAUUUCAAGGGGAAAGGGUUCUCAUGUCAAGAGACUUGGAUCUUACAUAUGUUGGAUCUGUUCAAUUUUAUCUUCGUCUUGGCUGCAAAUCAGAAGCUCCAUCUUCAGAAGAUCAACCAGUUCUGUUCCAGUACUCAAUUGAUGGGGGUUCCACGUGGAAUAUGUUAGAGCAAUUUGGAUUUGGUGAAAAUUCCAGAGUUUCUCAUCCAUCUUACAUUGCUAUAGAACUACCUCAACAUGCUCGCACCAAUUCUACUAAAUUACGAUGGUGGCAACCUUCGUUAAAUGGAACCUUUGUGGAAGAAUGGGCUUUAGAUCAGGUAUUUAUCGGAGGAGAUGCAAAUGGUGUCUCUACUUUGAAUGAUGACUUUAGCAGCACCAAAGAAGCAAAUUGGGUUUUGAAUCCUGGUGCAAAGUUGGAGCCAACAUGUGGAAGCAAAAACAAUUUCUUACAUUUUAAGGGAUCUGAUGACAGAAGGUAUGCUGUUACUACCGAUGUAGUUGUUGUUGAUAAAACGUAUAUACAGUUUGAGUUAGUGAUGGGUUGUAGAUCUACUUCUGCCAACUGUUAUGAAAUUCAUCUGGAAUACAGCAUAGACAUGGGAAAGACUUGGAAUUUAGUUCAACAGGAUUGCUUGCCAAUUAAUGUGGACUGCAAUGAUUAUUUUGAAGGCAGUGUUUUUCAUUCUGAUAUUUACCAAGAUAUAACUCGUAUAUCAGUUCCCCUACCAUAUUAUACAAGAACACAGACUACUCGUUUUCGGUGGAUACAACCUAUUGGUUUCAAAUCAUCUCAAACCUGGGCCAUUGGUCAUUUGUAUAUUGGUGAUGAAUGUGAAGAUAUGUGCUCAGGACAUGGAAAAUGCAGCUCUGGUGUAUGCAAAUGUGACGAUGGAUGGUUUGGAAAUGAAUGCGAAGAAUCAAAAUCUCCACUCCCUACAGAGCUACGCGAUACUUUCCAAAGUGAACCUUCUCCUAGCAAAUAUGCCCUUUUAGUCGGUGGUAUGCUUUCUGAUCUCUGUGGUCCUCUAGCUUCUGGGUCUUCCAUGCAUUUUUACGGGAGUUGCAGUCGACAGAUCGUUACAAAAGACCUAAACUUAGAGUCUGCAUCAGUGAUCCACUUUUACUUCCGCUAUGGAUGCAUAUCAGCACCAACAAGCAGCAAUCAUACUGUUUUCUUGCAGUAUUCAUUGAAUGGAGGUAUCAUAUGGUACACCCUGAAAGAACUUUAUUUUAAAAACUACCUUUCAACCAGUUAUGUUGCUGUUCCUCUUCAUGAAGAAGUCCGACAAAAAGUGGUCAGAAUCCGCUGGUGGCAGCCUCAUCACAGUGGGAGAGCUCACAAUGACUGGGCUCUUGACAAUAUAUUUAUUGGUGGAGUACAGCAGGCUCCAGAAACUUUCAGUGCACUUUAUGAUGGACAUUUUUUGGUUGAGCAAGAGUGGCUCAGUGCCACUCAUAUUAACCAUGAAGAAUAUUGUGACAGCAAUAAAGCAGCAGCAGUAGGGAAAUCUAUAAGCAAUGAAGAUGCAGUGUUAGAAACAGUAGAUAUACAUGUCAAGAAGCAUUAUGUUCUUGAAUUUAUGCUGUCCAUUGGGUGCAACGAAAGCUGGGAAGAUCCUGGAUUGCCGGUUAAGUUGGAGUAUUCCGUAGAUUUCGGCAACUCAUGGCAAGAAUUGGUUCCAAAGUGCCUCCCUAUGGAACUUUCCUGUUCUGGAAAUGCAGAGUAUCCCUCCAUAUUUUUUGCUCCAUUGCCCUGGAAAAGAUUAAUAUUUCCACUUAGUGGAAAUGUUUUAUCUAAAUGGACUCGAUUUAAAUGGAGUCAACGUGCUACCUUUGAUGCUACACCUUCACAUAAAUGGGCUGUUCAAGAUGUCCAUGUUGGACCCCAGUGUCCCUAUCAUUGUCACGGCCAUGGUAUAUGCAAAGCUCUUAAAUGUGUUUGUGACAAAGGAUACACUGGAGAAACAUGCUUGAUGUCAGAAAAUAAUCCGGUGUCACUUAAAGAAAGCUUUGAUGAUAUGGUCUUGGAUCCAACUUAUUGGCAUUAUGUUGUUGGUGGAAAGAUAUCAUUCCCAUGCUCAGUUUUGGUAGAAGAUGCUGCAGUUGUCUUCAGUGGUCCGGGUCCAAGGAUCCUUGAAACAGUUGAUUUAGAUCUCAGAGAUGCUAAAUUUAUCCGGUUUGUUGCCCAAAUUGGUGGUUAUGGUGACAAUCUAGCAUGCAUAACUGCAACUUCUCGCAAUCAAAGUGCCUACUUAAUGUUCUCUGUGAAUGGUGGUAUACGUUGGCAUUUAUUGCAUGAGUUAGAUUUCUCACAUUAUAUUCAUCCUCACUCUGAUCACAUCAUUUUACCAGAGCUUGCCCGCUCCUCAUCUACUCGUAUCCGCUGGUGGCAACCUUCAGGGUUUACAAACGAAGAUCUUUUCCCUGCUUUAGCUUUGGAUAAUAUUUAUAUUGGAGGCUCUGAAAUUAAUGAUUUUGAACUGUUUGACAAUUUCGAAGACAAAGUCGGUCUUGAACCUACUAACUGGUGGUUUGCACCAUAUGCAAGAGUUGAUAACCAUUACUGUUCUGCACCUAGUCAUACUUUACUUUGGAGAAAAGAUUCUGAUAUUGAAGAACGAGGAAUCACCACAAGAGAGCUCAUUGUUGAGAAUGAUUUCAUGAUUCAAUUCAGAAUUGCUGUUGGUUGUGGUGAGCAUUCAGAUAGCUGUCUUACAAAUCACAGCAUACAACUGCAAUUUUCAAAAGAGCCGGGUUCAGGUAAUUGGGAACUUGUGAAUCAAGACUGCUUUCCUAGCAAUACCAUUCAUUCAGAAUGUGCACCUAAUGAAUUUCAUUCGUCAUCUAUUUAUUCAUCAAACACGCACAAGAAGUGGACAUUGGUGAUGUUCUUCUUGCCUGAGAAAACAUAUUCCAGCACAACACAGUUUCGUUGGAUUCAAGAUACUCCAACAAAUAUUCCUAAGCCUCGAAAUUUCCCAUCGUGGUCCAUUGAUGAUGUUUAUAUCGGAGAAGCAUGCCCAGCUCUAUGCCAUGGAAAGGGGCUUUGUGUAAAGGGAAAGUGCCAGUGUGAGCCUGGAUUUACGGGCCCUGAUUGUCAGCCUUUAAGAAGCUUGAUCAACAGCCAUUCAUUACCAACAACGUUUCUAGAUUCCUUUGAGAAUGGACUUUUAGCUGACUUGUGGGAAAUUGCAAAAGGAGGAUGGAUUGGGCAAGAAUGUGGAUCUUUGGCGCCCCAUGGAGGAGGGAAACACCUCUACAUGGGAGAAUGUGGUAGAAGAGAAAUAGUGACCAAGGAACUUGAUGCCUCAGUAGCUAGCAAGUUGAUGUUUGUUCUUCGCAUUGGUACAGAAGAAGGAUUUUCUCAAUGCCACAUUAAUUUACAGCAUCCAUCUGCAUCAGACAAAUCAGUUGUUUUACAGUACAGCAUCAAUGAUGGUAUAUCGUGGGAGUUUAUGGCUUUGCAUUCAGCGAUGGAUUUCAAGCAGCCUCGGCGAUUAGUGUACGAAAUUCCAGAAGCAGCAAGAAUUUAUGGGGUGCGAUUUCGGUGGUGGCAACCUUUCCAUGAAGGCCGUGGCUAUGAUCAGUGGGCUCUUGAUAAUGUUGAAAUUGUGAGCACUCCAUAUGAUAGUCGAAGAUACCAAAAUGUUGGUGCAAGAAGGCAAGGUGGCUGACAAAAUUUUUUAGUUGAUGACUGAUGCUUUUAACUUAAAACUACAUGUAUUUUAUAUUUUUAGAAACAUUUUCCUCACAUUUUCAUUCAUUGGAGUAUAAAAUAUGCAAUAAUAUUUCCAUUUAAGAGCAAAGUUAAUAAAACUUUUUCUAAAUUUCAUAUCUUCUCACAUUACCAAUUUUGAAGUAUAGUAUAUUUUUUAACUAUAUAUAAUGUUCAUUGUUUGAGAAAAAUUUUGUAUAUUUUCAUAUUGUACUUGGAGAAUGAUUUUUAAAAAGUUUUGAAUAAAUUAGUACAAGU